AUGGGGCCCCUGUGUCCUUGCCCAAACUCAAAAAAGCCUAUGAAAAAGGUACCAGGGGCAUCUCAUGGGGCCCCCUACUGACCCCGGGCCCUCGGCAAUAAGGGAUCAUGGGGCCCCUGUGUCCUUGCCCAAACUCAAAAAAGCCUAUGAAAAAGGUACCAGGGGCAUCUCAUGGGGCCCCCUACUGACCACGGGCCCUCGGGAAGUGCCCGCGUUUCCAAAUGGUCAGUCCGCCCCUGGUUAUAAAUGUGAAAGCAGUGGUGUCCUGAAGCAG